AUGGCGAUCUGUACUUAUAACCCACGUACGCUUGCAGCGGAAGCGACCGUCGAAGAUCUGAUGAUGCAAGCCAAGAAAAUCAAGUACGACGUCAUCGGACUGACCGAGACGAGACGACGUCACCCUCUCAACGCCGUAUACGAAACUGGAGAAGAACUGUUCUUAGGAACAUGCGACAGUAGAGGUGUUGGUGGAGUUGGCGUCCUCGUCAACACGAAUAUAGCAAAGAACAUCGACUCUUUCGAACAACUUACGACCAGAAUCGGACGUCUGCGGAUGAGAAGAUGUGGUCCAACAACAGCUUUGACAAUCUACGUCGCUUACGCUCCAACAUCAAGCUAUGAAGAAGAAAAAAAUCGAAGCUUUCUAUAUGGACCUGGAGAAAUUCUACCGAGAAGAUCUUGCCUUCUACAAGGUUAUAAUUGGCGAUUUCAACGCCAAAGUUGGCCCAAGAUGAACGCCGGAGGAACUUCACAUCGGGACCCAAGCAACUCGCAAUUCCAGAAGCCCUCCUCUCUACGCUGUGCGUGGGAGUCACCCGGUGGAGGGUACCGUAAUCAAAUAGACCACAUCAUCGUAAAUAAAAGGUUCUGCCAGACGGAUGUCGCUGUUGUACCAAAGUUCUAUACGGGAUCGGACCAUCGCCUCCUCCGACUAAGAUUUUCAUUCACAAGGAGAGAAGAGAAAACCGCCAAGUUCAGAGGGAGAAAUCCCAGAACCACCAUCAACUGGGAUCUCUUCGCUACGUUAGCCGGCUUUUGGGAAGAUUCCGCAAUGGACAACAUCGAUGAGGAAUAUGACCGGCUCGUUGAACACCUUCGUGACUGCGCGAAGAAGGCUGAGAGUUCUAAAACCACCAAGAGACGCCUGUCUCUUGAAACUCUUGAGCUAAUACGCCAGCGUGCAGCAGCACGAGCGGCAGGGAACCAAGAACUCACGUCCGAGCUCGCAAGGCUUUGCAGAGAGGCGAUAAAGGAAGACCUUAAAGAGAGAAGAGCAGAAGUGCUGGCUGAGGCUGCAGAGGCGGAGAAAAGCAUCCGCUAUGCCCGUCGAGACUUCGCCAGUCGCAAGACGAGAGACAAGGAGAGAAGAGAAAGACAAGAGUGGUCCUUAAUGGGAGUGAAAAAGUCUUGGAUGAAGGACAGCCAUGCGAGCAAGCAGAGUUCCGAAAGGAUUCACUACGAGUUUACAUUCAUUCAUUCAUUCAUAGUGUUUCGAAAUUCAUCGAGGUAUCACGAGAGUACAAGAUGCCGCUCUGUCUCACCUUCAUCGACUUAA